AUGUCGACCGAUGAUAUACUCGAUGUUGGACAGUGUAGCACUCCGGACGUUGUUCGUCGUGUCCAAGAUGAACUUUUGAAUAAGCCUCGGAUACUUCGAUCUAACUCAGACCAACCUUCCUCUGUCCACGAGGGGCGAUCUGAAUCGGUUGAAAGAGAAAGAAAAGAUGAAUUUUUGAUGAUCAGUGAUUUGGCUCGUCGAGCCGCUACAGAAGAUUCUCGUUUAUUGCAAACCGCCUUUGUUAGAGCUGUCGAGACUUUCAGAGCCACUAUGGCGGCUGAUGGCGAGAGAGAAGUAAAACGCGCGUCGAGUGCUCCAACCAACCCUUAUAGUCUGGGAUAUGUGGAUGCCAAAAAGCUUUCUGAAGAAGUGACUGAAAAUUCUAAGAGGCUUCAUAAACGUAUCAUUGUCUGUUGUGAUGGUACGUGGCAAAACGGACUAAACGCGAAUGAUCCUCGUCAAGCUACAAACGUCCUCAGAUUAGCUCGAUCAAUAUUUCCUGAAGACCGUAGAACCUUCCCUCCGAUUCCUCAAGUUGUACAUUACCAAACUGGACUAGGUCGUUUAGGCACGACUGGUGAUCCUGCAUUGAAUGUGGCAGAGGGUGCGACUGGAUUAGGGAUUUCUGCCAAGAUCAGAGAAGCGUAUGCAUUCAUCGCUCAGAAUUAUAUACCAGGAGACGAGCUUUUACUAUUUGGGUUUUCCCGUGGUGCUUUCACAGCACGCACGAUUGUUUCUUUGAUCUCAGAUAUUGGAAUUCUUACCAAUCAAGGUAUGGAAGAUUUUUACAAGAUCUUUGCUGCCUAUCAAGCUCGCGCAAAUCCGGAAUGUCAAAAGGGUAUAGGAGAACUCGAGCGCUUCUUAGAUGAUUAUCGAGAAGGUGGGGCAAAAAGUGCGAGAAAAAUGCCACCUGGCACUCUCAAGUGUGUAGGUGUUUGGGAUACGGUGGGAGCUUUAGGGAUACCUAAAUUAUUCAAAAAGACCGAAUCUCCUAAACUGCUUGGAUUUCAAGACACCAACUUGUCUCCUCACGUCCAAUACGCUUUUCACGCAAUUGCACUUAAUGAGACCCGUGAAGAUUUUGUUCCUACUAAAUGGAUUCAAACUGAUGAUGGACGGACUUAUCUCGGAAAACACAACAAAAAGAAACAAAUUUUGAAGCAAGUCUGGUUCGCAGGUGCUCACAGUGAUGUGGGAGGAGGAAAUCCUGUGCGCGAUCUUGCGGACGUCUCUCUUGUUUGGAUGGUUGUACGUAUCUUUAUGGUUUACGAUAUCGAGUCAUUGAAUUUGCGAGCUGCUACCUGGCUAUACCGAGUCGCUUACAAUUUGUGGUUCCUUCUACAGGCUAACUUGCUUCAUCACGAGCUGUUAGCAAUUGAUAGUGAUUAUCUUGCAACACUUCUACACCCGCAGUUUGAUUGGGGUGAACAAAGCCCAAUAGAUCGCGACACAGUACGGGAACCACCCAAAACGUGGAACCCUGCCACACAAGAGACUAUACACGCCUCUGUCGAAAAUCAACACGAAAUACCACCAGAUCUACAAGAUAUUUUUGAAAAUGUCCAUCGACGAAGCACAUUAGUUGAAACUCUUUUACCAUUUGAGAUUGAAAUGAAAGAAAGAUGGAAUUCUUUAACGACUCGACUCGAACGUCGCAUAGAUAAGGGUAAAGAAGUUGGUAUCAAUGUGAUUGGAGAAGUCAGAAGAACUGUCUUAGAUAUCUUGGGAGAAUUCUUUCAUUUUAAUCGUGAUAGGUUAUGGGUAAAUUCUUAUCUUAAGGAUAGUGAAGAUUUAGCUCAACACGCACUUGAAUCUUCUGAUCCUAAUAACCCCAUUAGAUAA